UAUGAAGGUAUCUUUACUUUUACUCAAGUAUGAAAAUUGGGUACUUUUUUGACCACUGCAAUGGGGCUCCUGUUCUCGGGUGAUUCAGUGAUAUAAAGGCGAGGGGCCGAAUUGUAUUUACAAUUUCAAGACAAAGUAAAAAGAGAUAGGCUACUACUUCAACCUGUGGGUGGCGAUAAUGGACCAGUUGGCCGCUAGCCUAUGAUUUUGGAAGCGUUUUUUUCGCCUGCCAGUCACAGACGCAUUAAUCCAAUCAGGUCUGCUUUCAACACAUGCUGGUAGAAUGUGUGCGGAGUCUGCCGACACUCAAGCAACAAACUGCGUGACUAUUGUUCGUCGUCUGACUGUCUCUGCGUUUUGGUUGUCUCUCAAAUGUGGCUUUCGAUUUAACUCAGAAUUUAUUUGAUAUGAAACAUAAAAUCAGUCCAAUGGCUCGACCAUCCUAAUUGAGAGAGGGAAAUACGGAGAAUCGCAUCCCGGUGGCGGAGCAGCCUCCCGUGCCGAACCGUCUGACAACCCCCAGUUCUGUGAAGGGGACCAGCAGUCACGGGGAGGAAUAAUGAUGCCAAAUAGUCUGCUUGGUUUCCAGUCGAGGUCGCCGGUGUUCAGAACACUGUCCAGGUCAUCCAGUGGAUAUUUUUCGUUCGACAGCGAUUCUGUUCCAAGCUCCCCGCUAUUGAAAGAUAACAAGUCGACACAGACUCCGAGCCCAUCUAGCCAAGUCAUUACUCACGCACUGCAGCGCAUGUCUCAAGAACAGGAGACCCGGCGAGAUGAUGACGUGUGGCCCAACCCCCUCCACCGCUAUAGACCACGCCCACCACCAACUGCAGGGGACAUGCGGCCAGAGACACUGAUCGGUCAGGAGCUUAAUCGCAUUGGAGAUGAUUUCAAUGAUCUCUUAAUACAUGGGCGGCUUGCUGGCAGAAACGGUCAAGUUGCCCAGGUAAACCUGCAGCAGAUGCACCAAGAGCCCGCCUUCCUACUGUGGAUGGGGCUCCUGAUUGGACGACUAUUACAGAUCAUCCUGCAGAGAAGAUGAUGGGCAGACAGAAGCCUCAAUCCCAUCCCAUGCAGCACCCAGCAGACACAUACUGUAGCACCUGGGAGAAUUCUGUCAAAGACCUUGUACAUAUGUGAUUAUGUAAAAUGCUACAUUUUCAGAAUGGACCUAUACAAAUUUGUCUUAAUGGUUUUUGACCUUGAAUGGCCUCAAGAUUCCCUGAUCCAGGAUAAGUUGGAAUAGGUAAUUUGUACAGUUUUGGGAAUACUUUCUUUGGGAAUUCUACAACACCUGGAAUUUUGCACCUAUGUUUCCUGCGCAGAUUUGGAAAGCUGAGCCUAAUCAAAGCACCAAAGAUGGAGUGUCCUGUUGCAGAGGGCUCACAGGGAUAACACCAUGUGGAUAAUGCUUUGUGGAGGUUACAUGUGCCUUGUACAGUUUCUCUCUUUUUUACUGUGCUGUUUUCCUUUUCUUGCAGCUAUUUAUUUUUCACCUCUGUAUUUUAUUUGUUUGUGAGUUUACCCAUGAUCCGAUGUGUAGAGUCUGCGCUGUGUCUGUUCCUCCUGGUUCUCAUGGCAUCUCACUGUUUCCUUUCCUCAUCCAAACCUCAUCUGCAAUUCUAAUUUGAUGCAACCAGUUCCAUGUCCGGUUCCAUUGACCCAGAUAAAGCCUGUUUAAUGAAGAUGCAGUUUCAGUCAAGCCAGACAUUUAAAUGUUAAUAUUAAAUAUUAAAUUAUAUGUAAGCACCCUUUUUUAAAUGUAUUUUCUUUCCAAACAUAUUCAGUAUUAAGGGCAAUAGCAAGGAUGUUAGUAAUAAUCGUGAGAACAACAACAGCCAAAAACAUUGAUAUUUUACUGUUUUGUCACUUAUUUUCCUGCGUCCCUUUUCAGCUGUCAAACAUCAUUGCCGUUAUCGGGCGGGCUGUUGUCAGGGCCUUCUUAGCCCAGCUGACACUCAUGUUGGCCCGGCCAAGUCCUGUGCAGCGCUGCCAGGUCAUUAAACGCUCAUAGAAGCUUUGCUGGAAGAGAAUCAAACUCUGAGCACCAGGGGAGCAGGGCUUUGUCAAUGGAGAGCCAUAAACCAACAUUAGCCAGAGGAACAGGCAGAGAGACCCAAUGGGGUCAAUACCGGUUUUAAUGGAUGGGAUGACUUGCAGUGCUUGAGAACUUAGAUGGAUAAACAGGGACAAAACCCACCCAACGAUCUUGAAGGAUCUAUAUCCAAAUUCUUGAAAAUGUGUUGUAUUUCUGAUCUGUGGUAGUAUUAAUGUUUUUUUUUAAGGCCCAGUCCAGUCAAAAUUCUGUUUUUCCUGUGUUUUGUAUCAUAUCGUACAACAGCUGAUGAAACUAUCACUUUAAAAAUGUGAAGGAAGUUGAGGCAGUAUAAGUUAAUAUAUACCAAUAACAAAGAGAGUUCCAAACCUCUUAGCCAAUAACACCUAGUUUUCAGAUUACAUACUCAGAACACUCCCAGCUAUUUUUGUUUCUUAUUUUACCGUUGUAAUGGAAAACUAUUACAGUAAGGCACUUAAUUGUUACCCAGAAAUGAUUUGAUAUUAAGAAAUAAACAGCUGCAUUGGGCCUUUAAGGAUAAACAAAAAUUUAAGUAGGGUUACUUUGAAUGUUACAUGCUACCACAUUGUGCACCAUGGGUUGGUUUUAAAUUGUAUGUGUCCCCUUGUGUGAGCCAAAGAUUGAUUACACUGUAAUUUUGCUGGUUAGAUCCUAUUGUAUGGUACAGUAUAGGCGUGGUUCAGUCCAACUGCCUUGGCCACCCUUUUGAUUCCAUUGCCUCCUAUUUGUCAGUCUGCCAGUAUUUGAUGUGAAAAUUCAUUCCACACCCACAGUUCAAUAAAUGUUAUCCAUGACAUUAAAUGUGAACGGUAUAAAAUGUGAUGAUAAAAGCCUAUCUUUAAAAUAACAUAGCACUUACAGCUCAUUAGAGGUUUUAAUAGCCAAACAUCUGCCUUUUAGAUUUAUUCAAAAAAAGUAUGUUUUGCUGACCAUGUAGACGAAAUGUAAGGUGGAUGGUAUUAGUUGAUGAAAUGAUCUGCAAACACAAUUUCUAUUGAGAAGCGUAUCAUUCCGUCAUGUUUUUCUUGGUACCAAAAUUGUACUGCUCAGCCAUGUCUUUUAUAUCUUGAAUGACUGUAUUUUUUUUUUUGGUGUUGUCAAAUGAAACCAAAGACCUAAUUUCAAAGUACUGUAUCUCAUAAGGGUGUAGUCGAGUCUAGAGGCUUUCCAAGAGAACAACUGAAAGCUGAAUUGUCAACUUCUGAAACCAAUAUGGAAACUUCUCAGACAGUCAGCCAAUGAUUCCAUGUACUCUAGAUAUCAAUCCAUUGAGUGACAGCAUAGUCCAUACUGUCCAUACUUCUUAAUGGGUAGAGACCAGACCAUAGAGAGAAAUAUAAUUUUUCCCAGACACAUACAAUAACUUAAUUUUGAGCCGCAACAUUCCCAAGUUGUACUUAGGAAGAUCCAUGAAUUUCAACCAGUGUCAUCUUGGUGGAGGAAGUGCAGGUGUGUCCCUCUUGCGCUAUGAUUUCUGUCCCAGAAUUGUCUGUUCAGGACCCUUUUGCACUGAGCGCAGACAGACAGAAACGGAUUUAUCUGACUCACAGGACCCAGUACAUUUGUAGCAAAAUGUCCAUUUUUUACCCCUUCUUUUUCUUUUGCACUGAAAUAUUUCAAAGUUGCGAUUUAUAUUGUGCAUAAUGCUGUGCCUGUAUAAAGCCCUUUUUCAUCUUUA